CGUUAAAUUCUCAGGCCAUGGUAAGUGUAACUGUGGCAAGUGUGAAUGUGAUGAAGGAUGGUCUGGGGAUGCUUGCCAGUACCCAACUCACUGUGACCUGACCAAGAAAAAAAGUAACCAAAUGUGCAAGAAUUCUCAAGAUGUCAUCUGCUCUAACGCAGGUACAUGUCACUGUGGCAGAUGUAAGUGUGAUAAUUCAGAUGGAAAUGGACUCGUUUAUGGUAAAUUUUGUGAGUGUGAUGAUAGAGAAUGCAUAGAUGAUGAAACAGAGGAAAUAUGUGGAGGCCAUGGAAAGUGUUACUGUGGAAACUGUUACUGCGAGGCUGGUUGGCAUGGAGAUAAAUGUGAAUUCCAGUGUGAUAUCACCCCCUGGGAGAGCAAGCGAAGAUGCACGUCUCCAGAUGGCAAAAUCUGCAGUAACAGAGGCAUUUGUGUGUGUGGUGAAUGUUCUUGCCACGAUGUUGACCCGACUGGAGACUGGGGAGAUAUUCAUGGGGACACCUGUGAGUGUGACGAAAGGGACUGCAGAGCUGUCUAUGACAGAUAUUCUGAUGACUUCUGUUCAGGUCAUGGGCAGUGUAAUUGUGGGAGAUGUGACUGCAAAGCAGGCUGGUAUGGGAAGAAGUGUGAGCACCCACGUUCCUGCCUGCUCUCGGCUGAGGAGAGCAUCAAGAAGUGCCAGGGAAGCUCGGAUCUGCCUUGCUCUGGAAGGGGUAAAUGUGAAUGUGGCAAAUGCACCUGUUACCCCCCAGGAGAUCGCAGGGUGUAUGGUAGGACGUGCGAGUGUGACGAUCGCCGCUGUGAAGACCUGGACGGGGUGGUCUGCGGAGGCCACGGCACGUGUUCCUGUGGUCGCUGUGUUUGUGAGAGAGGAUGGUUCGGAAAGCUCUGCCAACAUCCACGGAAGUGCAACAUGACAGAGGAACAAAGCAAGAGCUUGUGUGAAUCAGCAGAUGGCAUAUUGUGCUCUGGAAAGGGUUCUUGUCACUGUGGAAAGUGCAUUUGUUCUGCCGAAGAAUGGUAUAUUUCGGGAGAAUUCUGUGACUGUGAUGACAGGGACUGCGACAAACAUGAUGGUCUCAUUUGCACAGGGAAUGGAAUAUGUAGCUGUGGAAACUGUGAAUGCUGGGAUGGAUGGAAUGGAAAUGCAUGUGAAAUCUGGCUUGCCACAGAAUAUCCUUAACAAUUACAUGGGAGAGGACUGGAUUCUUAUUUUUCUAGGCCAUUAGAACGUAUAAAUGCAAAGGAAACCAUGUAUAAUCACCACUAGGACAGGUCAAACAGACUAUUGUAUGUUUUUCUAUUUCUGAAUGCCUGAAUGAAUUCUGGGUACCCAUUAAAAAUGAGUUAAGCAAACAUGUAAAUAACACCAGAAAGAAUUUCUCUUCCAUAAUUUAUAUCAGUAUAUCAGUGGUUCUCAACGAGGGCAACUUUGCCACCCAGAAAACAUUUGGCAAUGUCUACAGACAAUUUUGAUUGUCACACUGGGUGGGGUGGAAGGGCGUGCUACGGCAUCUAGUAGGUAGAGGCCAGGGAUGCUGCUAAACAUCCUACAGUGCACAGGACAGCCCCCCUGACAUAAAAAUAUCUGACUCCAAAUGUCAAUAGUGCCAGAGUUGAGAAACGCUGAAUUACAUUGUUGUUAGAAAAGCACAUCCCUACACAAGAAAGACCAUAUUAGAAUCUAAGAAAAAGACACAUCCUCAAUAAAUCCAUCUAUCAUAUUUUACCAGGAUUCCAUAUCACUCAGCAUUUCCAUAUGGUGACAAUGAAGACAAACACACAUGAAGUAUAAUGUCAUAGGGGCCAGAGGCCAGAGGGCCAGUGCUUUUGAAACAAGACUGGUCAUUUUUAGCUAUUAAGUCAUUCAUCUAGUCUCACUUUAAACUCACACAAAAGAAGAUUCUCUUAAGAUGAAGGAAGAAACUAUGAAAAAUGUACAAUUUAACAUUUUUAAUAAAUAGUGACAUAGGUUGUUUACACUCUGUGUCGAUAUAUAUUUAUAUUGAUGACCUACUGAUGAUUAACAAAAAGAAAAUGAAUUGUUAUUCAGGGGUAUCCAUUUUCUGUUACUAGAACAUUUUUUAAACCAGUCAGAGGUUACAUGUAUAAGGAAUCUGAUUUUUCACUAUUUAAGUUGCUCCAUGGUAACUUGCCUUUUAGAAAGACAAUAUCUAGUUAGAAAUAUAAUAGGCCUGAAAUAUACAUUCAUUUCCCUUAAAAUAUUAUCUUAUUUCUAAGGAUACAUUACUUACUGGACAAGUAGGGUCGUGCAAAGAAGUCAAGAAGAGAUACUGUGAUAAAAUGGCACCAGCCUCAAAAUCUCAGAGGAUAAAAAAAAUCUAGAAGUGGCUUAAAUAGAAAUUACAAAUAUUCACUCAGUGAUAGGAACAAAAUGUUUAUUUUCUUAAUGGUGAAAUUUUGCUCUGUAUGAAAUUCACAUUGAAUUAUGAAAAUGUACAAUAAUUCAGACUUCCCUUACAUAUUUACAGUUAAAUCUACUUACACACAUUAGUUUAGGCAACCAUUAGUUAUUUAGAGCUAAAAAAGACCCACUUUUUUUCUAAAUGUGAAUUAUAUUUUGUAAAAUCCUAGAAUAAUGUAACAAAAUCAUUUCCAUAUUCUUUAAGAUGAAAAUUUGUACUUGGAAAUUUUACUUAGUGAUGUAAAUAUUCUAGAGUUAUGGCUUGGACUUUAUAAGUCAAAUUACCAAAAAAUAAGGAAAAUAUGCAUCUGCUGAGUUACUUAAAAAUUUAAUAUUGAAAAUUAUUUAAGAGAAAAAUUUAACUGAUGCUGAUUUUUAU